UUAAAGUCAUUCCUUCUUUCUCGUUUAUUUUCAUAAAACAAUAACAUUAGAUAUCCACUAGAGGGCGACAUGGGACCUUACAACAAUCCAUUAGCCGUUUUUUUUUUUUUUUUUUAGACGCAACGUGCCUUCCUCCUGUGAUAGUCUGUUACCGUUGUCAUUCUCCCUUCCUUUAUAUAAACACCCCCACCCUCUGCGCUAACACUUUUAAAGAACAGUGUACCCACGCUGCACGUUCAUCAGAGCUACAGUGCGCUUUCUACUGAUAACCACACACAGUGCUAGCGCGAGGAACUACGUGAGAUUAGUUACUGCAUUCUCACACAGACGCCCUUGCAGAUGCAGGCAAUGAGUGCACAGAAUAUUUCGGCGCUUAGCGUAGUGUAAGCUUCAAGUAUGGAUAAUUAAUGGCACAAUUUUUUCAAUUAACUUUAAAUGUAAUAGCGUUGAUAUAUAAUUUAAUAUACUGACUCAGUAACUUACACUCUGACUAGUGUUCGCCGGUCGGCAUGAAUAUUUGGAUUUACAGAAAAUGAAUGAAACUCAGAUCCCGUUGUGGGAAUGCAUAAGAACUCCUGUCAAUUCCAACAUGAACAGCUCUGCAGUAAGCGUAGAAGUUAACGCCACCUGUAGCAAUGCGUCAAUAAUUCAGAAAUUCCAACCAACACGACCAAAAGAAAUGGACUCAGUGAGGAUUGUCCUUUACUCACUCGUCUUUCUCGUGAGUGUGUUUGGGAACCUGCUCAUCAUUGUGGUCCUGAUUGUAAACAAGAGGAUGCGGACCGUCACCAACUCCUUCCUACUCUCGCUGGCUGUUAGUGACCUCAUGAUGGCCAUCUUCUGUAUGCCCUUCAACCUCAUCCCCAGCCUGCUGGAGGACUUCAUCUUUGGAGCUGCCAUGUGCAAGACGGUUGCUUAUUUCAUGGGUAUAUCUGUCAGCAUCUCCACCUUCAGUCUGGUGGCUAUUGCCAUUGAAAGAUAUAGUGCUAUCUGCAACCCACUGAAGUCUCGGGCAUGGCAGACUCGUUCUCAUGCGUACAAGGUCAUCGCUGCCACAUGGGUACUCUCUGUGGGUAUCAUGGUGCCCUAUCCCGUGUUCAGUAUACUGGUACCAUUCAGCAAGCCAAACAACAUCACGGCUCACAUGUGCAGGCUUGACUGGCCUGUCAGCCAAGUGGAACAGACCUGGUACGUCUUGCUGCUCUUCAUUCUGUUCUUCGUCCCAGGCCUGGUGAUGAUUAUUGCCUACGGUCUCAUCUCAAGAGAACUUUACCGAGGAAUUCAGUUUGAAAUGGAGCAGAAGAAAGACUCAAGUGGCAUGAAGAACAGCUUGAAUGGCAUGUUGUCUUCAGGCCAUGAUGAAAGCGAUGGCUGUUACAUCCAGGUCCCAAAGAAGCCUCCCGCCAUGGAGCUCUCUGCACUGACCACCUCAGGCAACAUCAAGUCCGACCGUCCACGGAGCAACAGCUCUGAGGCCAAGCUUAUUGCCAAGAAAAGAGUGAUUCGAAUGCUGAUCAUCAUAGUGGGCAUGUUCUUUGUAUGCUGGAUGCCACUAUACUCUGCCAACACCUGGAAGGCUUUCGACCAAAAGUCAGCGCAGCGCGCACUUUCUGGAGCUCCCAUCUCCUUCAUACAGCUGCUGUCCUACACCUCUGCCUGCGUCAACCCCCUCAUCUACUGCUUCAUGAACACACGCUUUCGAAAAGCUCUCUUGGCCACCUUUGGCUGCUGCAGAUUGCCAUGCCGCAAUCGGAGGAAGAGGAGGGAUGGUGAUGAGGAGAUCACUGGGGUUACGGGAGCAUCCAUAUCAAAGUUCAGUUAUACCACCGUUAGCACGGUAGGACCGUGUUAGUAUAGCAUUGCGGGUGUCUUCAGUUUGACCAGUUGGCUGUGUGCUUGUGAGAUGUACUGUUUGGGAUUGUUUGGGACAUGUAUUGUUUUUUUUCAUGCUGUCAACAUGCUUUGUUCAGUGAGUGUCAUUGGUCAUUUUUCAUUAUUUGGAAAAGACUGUUUCAUCUGUCUGUUCUCUCUGCUCAAAGUCAUUGUGUUAGUGGUGAACUGUCUUUCAUUGUGUCUUCAAUUUAAGGCAUUGUAAUAGAGAGGUAUAAAGAUUUAGCUUUAUUUUUAUUCCAUGUAAAAUCUUUUGAAGUUUUUUCAGAGGAAACUCUCAACAUGGGAAGUGCUAAUAGAGAAAUACCAUAGAAAUAUUCCUGUAUCCUUUAUGUUAUGAAACCAAAUACUGUAUGUUGCAUGAUCUACAAACAAAAGACCAAUUUUGUAGUUAGUUGUGUUUUGACUAGAAAAUGGUGCAGUUGCUCUAUUAUACUGUCACUGUGUUGUGAUGUAUUUUGUUUUUUGUUGUGUUCAAGCUCUAUAAUGGCAUAUUUCUUUUGAGCUUUGUUUAAAUGACACCACUGAGAGUCCAGCUUCUGUGUAUUCUGAUAAUAACUGGAUCAGAUGGCCUUUUAGGAGACAAUGUUUAAUCUGUGCUCCUUCUCUUCUGAUGCACAUCUCAUACAAAUUAUCCUACAUGAAGAUGUAUCAAGUGGGCAAGCCAAUUCACUCACUAACAGAAGGGGUCUCUCGGAAAUCUCCAACCCACACAAUGUAAUGCAAUGUUCUUCACUCCAGAGCUGCAUGUCCGACUGGAUUUUUUUUUAAAGACUCCACCUAGAAGCACUGGCACUGGAUAAUAAUGAAACAAAAGGAAAGUAAUCAGCUGUAAAGGAAUAUUUAGUGUGGCUACCCAGGAGGCACUGAUGUCCAACCUCACACACUUGCAAAAACACUAGCCAAAAAGCAUCAGUCUGCUUGACAUUGUAAUUGCUCUACUUGCUUUCUUCCUCAUUGCUGAAGCUGAUGAGACACUUGGGAUACAGAAUUCGGCUUCUUGUCUGGUCCCAGCGAAGUUUCUCUCACUAUCUGAAAGAGUUAAGCCCUUGUUUGUGAUGAAAUUAAUUUAUUCAACAGUUCAUGCUGAACAUGAAAGUGAAAUUAAGGGUUUAAAGGACUGAACAUAAAUGAGACAUCUGUGUGCUUAUACUUGGUUUAUCUUGAUAUCCACUGGAUUUGUGAAAUGCUUGUAUGGCCUGGUUGUAGUAUGGCCAGUUUUCAAUAUGUUUACUAAUCACUGUUAUACCUCAAAGUGUCUUGCUGCUCUUUUAGUUUUUUUUUUUUAUUUAGUUUUUUAUGUGAAAUCAGGAUAUUGUUAUUGCUUUUAGGAUUUUUUUCUAUUUCUUCUCUCUCAUACUCCUCUCCUCCUUACAUAGAUAGAACUUUUGGGGCUCAGACUUAAAAAGCAGAAUUCGCAGCUUCAUAAUUUGUUUACAUGCCCCCAGCCUGUGAGCAAAUACUUCAGUGGGUACAUGUCCUAUUUCUCCAUCCCCCCAUUUCUGUCUGUUUCUCUCUCUUUAUUAUCACUCCUUUCCUUCAUUUUUCUUUUCAUCGAUCAGUUGCUUCCCUUGCCUCGGAAGGACCACCUGGGUCUGUGGCAGACCUAAAUCAAACAAAGGUCUUGGGGAUAAACAGAAAGCGCUAUUUCUCACCCAGACACACAACCUCUCCAGUGAGCAGGUGCUGUUAUUUCUCUAGGUGUCAGUAACAUUGCUCAAAAGCUACUCACAAAGUUGAGCUGAUUUUUGUAGCAGUUUUCCAAUUAUUUUGCUAGUUGACUGAUAACAACUGUGGCCAUUUAUUUCAAACUGCUCCAUCAGAGGAUAUGGAUCCUGUUACCAAGACAACCAUUCAUACACUCAAGCAGAGCUUGAUUAGGACCAAAGGCAACAUUACAAAUGGAAUCUCGAAUUGAAAUGUAAAUAAAUGUAAAUAAAUAACAGCAAAACAUAGAACUAGAAAUGGUAAAAGUGACAAGUUCUUAUUUCUAAUGGAUGACAUGCUUUAGAUAAUUAGGCAACAAAUAACAAAUAAUUAUUUGGACAUUCAUCUGUUAUCUGUCAGGCUGGAUGUGGAGCAUUCGGCUGUUUUAAUGAAAGUGCCGCUGCUGAUGUUUGGCCGGUCGGUUAAACAGGAACAGCUCCAUGAAUUGUCACACCUUCUCACCUCGUUCAGAUGAAGAUCACCUGUACAUAUUUUCCAACAUACCUCUGCUGUCAGCUUAUGUGGCAGAUGUAAAUGAGCACUAAAAGACUGAUAAUGAUGCAGUAUGUCAAAGUUUAUCUGCUCUAGAGGUGGUUCUGUACAAGGAAUUAUCCUCGACUUAUUCACUUCUGAAAUAUAGCUACAGAAAUAUGUUGUACUUCUUGUGAGUGUAUUAUGAUAUGUAUAAUUUAAAACAUUGUAACAUCCUUUCUGAUCUUAUUUGGACAUAGAUAUUGUGGAUUUGGACAUAAACUGUGUAAAUAUGAUAAUGUACUUAUAUUGUCUUUACUCUAUAUUUUAUGAUAAAUCUAUAAGUGUAAAUAUCUAUAAAUAUCAUGUAAUAAUAAUUAAAAAGAACUGAUUGAAUAACAUAUAGAAAAAAGAUUGAAUUGAGACACAAUACACAUCCAAAGUAAAAUGCAACAAUUAUGGGUUGUCAAUUUGUCAAUUAAAGGACAAAGAUGAAUAUUAGUUUGCACUAAUAUUCAAAACACAAUUAAAGGAUAGUUCACCCAAAAAUUUAAAUUCUCUCAUCAUUUACUCACCAUCAUGC